GUGAAACUGCUGGAGACUAAUCAGAUCAUAACAUAAAUGAAGGCUGCAGCUUUUCUUCUAGUUUCUCAAACGAAAUAUGGCAAAUGUGGGUAAAAGCUGUGGCUUUGUUAGCUGGUUAGUGAACUCUGAUUUAAAUGAUAAUAACUCUGACAGCACUAAUGAUGAUGAUAUUGAUGAAAGUGGACUGAAGGUAUGCGAAUCUAAUGCUCCAGUUGCUGAAUGGGAUACAGGCUGGUUUGAGCCUGAGGAGGGGUACCAUCUACCCCGGAGCAGCCCUGUCAUAUCUCGCAAGAGAUAUAACACAGAGACAGAAAAACAGUCUGGUCUGUCUUUGACACCUCCAAUACGGGAACAAUCUAUCUCUCCAACUGUGAAAUCUAACUGUUCAAGUCCACAUAGACUGGCAGAGUUCAGUCCCUCAGAGAAAGACAGAAGCCUUGAUCACUGUGAUUCACCCAAGGGCUCUUCAGGACAGGCACGGUCCCUCACGGAUAAUCAUGGCACAGGAAUUUCACCUAUCUCUCAGGACAUUCGCAGCCACACUUUUGAUUCUGGAUGGUUACAUGAGGGUUUCCAGUCAAAGACUAAAAGAAGAGCCUGCUCUGACAUCCCACCAGCAGCUGGUCAGAGGAGCUCAGACCAAGCUAAGAAACAUGGAUCAUGUGUUGAUCACUCCACUGCAGACCUAUACAGUCUGGACCAGGAAAAUGCUCAUUUUGUAGUUGUGGAUAUGGUGCUGGAAAUGCUGGAGGCUGUGAAAUGGGUCGUGUGUUUGCAGCAGUUAAAAAGCACACAUCCUCAUCAAGACAGAUGUGAGACACAAAAUACCUCAAAAACAGACUCAAUCUAUUUCUUUGACAGCGGGUUUGAGGACGACAGCGCCCCCAAACUAUCUUCAGACAGGUACUCCCUGGCUUCUUUUCAGAGUUGUCUCCAGAGCUCCAGAAUACAGCGCUCUGCUGAAGAUUUAGCCCACCAUUUGGUGUCAGAGUUCAGGAAGCAGUGGUUCCCCUCUGAGCUACUGCAAAACCCUUACAACCUCAACUCCGCUCUGCAGGAAGUCUCUGUCUCUGAUAUGGUAGGGGACAGGAUGAGUCUAACUGAAGAGAUUGUGCAGAAGACCAGAAUGAGAGGAACAGUAACCUGGGCUCCACCCAGAUUUCAAAUCAUCUUCUGUGUCCAGCCAACACGCAGGCGCAGUGACGUUAUUGCUUCCCAGCACUUCCUGUGUGCUGGCUGUGGGACUAAAAUCGAGCCCAGGUAUACAAAGAAAUUGCGGUAUUGUGACUACCUGGGUAGAUACUUUUGUGAUGGCUGCCACGGUGGUUUGGAAUCAGUGAUUCCAGGCCGGGUUCUGAAUAACUGGGAUUUUGCACGGUAUCCGGUCUGCCAUUUCUCCAGACAGUUACUGGACUCUAUAUGGCAGCAACCGCUUUUCAAACUUACAAGUGUGGCCAAGAACCUGUACAGUCAGGCCAAAGAGCUACAGCGUUUCAGAGAACUACAGGAGCAACUAAUAUCCGUCAAAAAGCUUCUGAGCACAUGCAGACUAUCAACUGGAAUACUUGACGAGUUUGAACAACUUCCUGCUCAUCUAAUGCAGGAACUACACCUCUUCUCAGUCGAUGACCUCAUCAGGGUAAAAAAGGGUCAGCUCUGUACUACAGCAAAAGCAUUGAUGCAGUCUGCAGUUGCUCACAUAAACAUUUGUGAGCUGUGUCAGGCCAAAGGUUUUAUCUGUGAGUUCUGUCACGGGGAGGAAGUGAUUUUCCCUUUUCAGAGAGACACCUGCACCCGCUGCCAAGACUGCAGAGCCUGUUUCCACAUCUCAUGUUUCCGUGAUGAAUCAUGUCCCAAAUGUGCCAGACUGCAGAAAAGAAAGAAACUCCAGGAAGACAUUGAUUUAUGAAAUCUCCCACAUGUCCAUCGCUGCAUUUUAAAGCUGUGUAAAAAGGUGUUCAGGACUCUUAAACUGUUCAAUUAUUUGACAGACUACUGACAUGUAUUAUGUGCUGUAAUUUGUAAAGCAUAGAUGAAUGUAUUUUUCAUAUUGUUCGACGUUGUACACUACCAGUCAAAAUAUUUUUAUAUAUAUACAUUUUUUAUACAAAAAAAUGUAUAUUUAAAAUAACUGUUUUCUAUUUGAAUAUAUUUUAAAAUGUAACUUAUUCCUGUGAUCGAAGCUACAUUUUCAGCAUCAUUACUCCAGUCUUCAGUGUCACAUGAUCCUUCAGAAAUCAUUCAAAUAUGCUAAUUUGCUGCUCAAGAAACAUUUAUUAUUAUUAUUAUCAAUAUUUAAAACAGUUGAGUAAUGUGAUCCUGUAAUGCAAUCCUGUUUUUCAGGAUUCUUUGAUGAAUAGAAAGAUCCAAAGAUCAGCAUUUAUCUGAAAUAAAUUGCUUUUGUAACGUUAUACAUUAUACCAUUCAAACGAGGCUCUUUUUUUUUUUUUUAAUUAAUACAUUUUUUUAGCAAGGAUGCUUUAAAUUGAUCAAAAGUUAUGAUAAGACCAUUUAUAAUGUUACACAAAGAAACCUGAAAAAAUAUCUACUCAGCUGUUUUCAACAUAAUAAUAAUAAUAAAUGUUUUUUUGAGCAGCAAAUCAGAAUAUUAGGAUGAUUUCUGAAGGAUCGUGUUACUAGAGUAAUGAUGGUAAAAAAUAAGCUUUGAAAUCACAGGAAUAAAUUACAUUUUUUGAAAUAUAUUAAAAUAUGAAACAUUUCAAAUAGGAAAACUAUUUCAAAAUUGUACUGUUUAUGCUGUACUUUGGAUCAAAUGAGUGCAGGCUUGGUGAGCAGAAGAGACUUCUUUAAAAAAUAUUAAAAAUCUUAAUGUUUAAAAAAACGUUUGACUGGUAGUAUAUAUUGUAUUUCCAUUGAGUAAGAAGCAUUACAGUGUGUGAGCACAGAGACCUGUGUCAGAGAAUAUGAUCACUCACAUUUGAAAACAGACAGCUGUACACAAAUCUGUACACAUUUAUUCUUCUUUCCUGACAAUACAAAAUGUUCUCACCAAAGACCCUUUUAGCAGUAUACCAUUUUAGUAAAAUUUCAUUCUGCUAGUGGGUUCUUGUAAAAUCUGUGUACUUCUGGUCUUGUGAACGUUUAGAAAAUAACCUCUCCUAAAAACACACUUUUCACAUUCUUAUGUUUUUUAUGUCAUGAAAAUGUUCCACCACAGGAUCCUUUCCACCACAUCUCAAAUUAUGUAAUGUAUUUAAUAGCAUCCUGUGGUCAAAUUGACAUUUUAUAUUAUUUAAUAUUUUUAAAACUGUGUUUUUAUUUGAUAUUAUAUUUGUUAAUAUUUAAUUUUAUUUAUAUUUGAGGAUUUAUGAUUUAGAUAUGUUUAAGAUUUGAGAGUCAGUGGUAAAACAAUAAAAUC